GCAGGAUAGAAAAGGAUCGAUUUUAAGCGUAUUCAUGGGAUUAUUGAUGACUAUUAAUGACUAACGGAUGACUACGGAUGACACGUGUCCAGCCUUUUCUGACUAGCUCGUAGAUAAACAAAAUUAGCUAAAUCAAUUCUAAAAUUACACUAAUAACCUUCGCAUAAUUGGAAAAGCGCUUCAAUUCGAGUAUAAAAAGCCUGCAGGUGAGCAUGCGCUUAAAAUAAAGAUACGCCUAUAAUCGAGUAAGCGCUAAUAAUCCAGUUUCUACGGUAGAAAGUGAGCAAACUAGGCAUGCAGGCUACCUUAACUAGGUCUAUAUCUUGCUACUAUCUAUUAUCAUAAUGCUAUACACUUAUCAUUAGUACAGCAUUUAAAUUCAUAAUUAUUAUAAAACAUGUCAUAAUUGAUCAUGCAUGCAAGAACAGAAGUCUCCAUUCUCUCAGCAUGAUCAGACAAGGUAACAGCUUAAUUGCCCAAAGAGUCCUUCCAGAUGGGUAUCACCAGCUAUAUAUAUAGACUGUAGCUCAUAUAGAGCUAUAGAGAUAAACAAAUUUAGCCAAUCAAUUCAAAAAUUUCUUCGCAUAAUUGGAAAAGCGCUUCAAUAAAGUACAAAAAACCUGCAGUUGAGCAUGCGCUUAAAACUAAGAUACGCUUAUAAUCGAGUAAGGGCUAAUAAUCCAGUUUCUACGGUAUAUAGCAGCCUUUCUGCAGCAUGCGGCUUAUAUAGAUGUGCAUGGCUCUCUUAUGAGGGAAUGUGUUUCCUUGAGAUGGUGGCUUAUAGAUGUGCAUGGCUCUCUUAUGAGGGAGUGUGCAUGUUUCCUUGAGAUGGUGGCUUUUAGAUGUGCAUGCCUCUCUUAUGAGGGAGUGUGUUUCCUUGUGAUGGUGGCUUAUAGAUGUGCAUGGCUCUCUUAUGAGGGAGUGUGUUUCCUUGUGAUGGUGGCUUCUAGAUGUGCAUUGCCUCUCUUAUAUGAGGGAGUGUGUUUCCUUGUGAUGGUGGCUUCUAGAUAUGCAUGGCUGGGAACAACCUUCCUAACCAACUCAUGCACUUGUAUAGGCCUUUAGAAGAUCAAUCAAAUUCUUGGUGUUUACAUUUUAAAGUGUUAAUAAUUGUUGGUUAUCAUGUGGGGGGGGGGAGGUGCAGCACACGUGAACUUCUUUCCUUGUUCCUCUGCAGUCACAAAGGCUGUUGAUAUUAUUAUAGGUGUCUUAAGAUUUCCCACACAGGGAGAUUCCUUUUUAUUCAUGGCCGUGUAUAAAAGCAGUUGCAGAAAGUCUAGCAUCAUACUCACUGAAUCGAUCAACUGCCUCUUCAAGAAGCUCCAAACUCACCGACUCUAUAAGAAGACAUGAAGGCUCUCAUCAUUAUGACUGUGUUUGCCAUGGCAACCUCUGCCAUUGCAGUCCCCCUCUCCCGACAAGCCAAAGCUCAAGCUCUCCUCGCCGCCAUUCAGGACAAUGCUGAAAUGGAAGGAUUGCUGAGUUAUAUUGGAAACGCUAUUGCCAAGCACGGUCCUGGUCUUCUGAAGAAAGGUAUAAAAGCUGCUGGUGAUGCGGGUAUAUGGAAUGAAGAACUCGACAGAGAGUCUGCUGUCGUGCAAGAGGAAGCUGAAAUGGACAAUGCUGAAAUGGAAGGAUUGCUGAGUUAUAUUGGAAACGCUAUUGCCAAGCACGGUCCUGGUCUUCUGAAGAAAGGUAUAAAAGCUGCUGGUGAUGCGGGUAUAUGGAAUGAAGAACUCGACAGAGAGUCUGUUGUCGUGCAAGAGGAAGCUGAAAUGGACAAUGCUGAAAUGGAAGGAUUGCUGAGUUAUAUUAUUGCCAAGCACGGUCCUGGUCUUCUGAAGAAAGGUAUAAAAGCUGCUGGUGAUGCGGGUAUAUGGAAUGAAGAACUCGACAGAGAGUCUGCUGUCGUGCAAGAGGAAGCUGAAAUGGACAAUGCUGAAAUGGAAGGAUUGCUGAGUUAUAUUGGAAACGCUAUUGCCAAGCACGGUCCUGGUCUUCUGAAGAAAGGUAUAAAAGCUGCUGGUGAUGCAGGUAUAUGGAAUGAAGAACUUGACAGAGAGUCUGCUGUCGUGCAAGAGGAAGCUGAAAUGGACAAUGCUGAAAUGGAAGGAUUGCUGAGUUUUAUUGGAAACGCUAUUGCUAAGCACGGUCCUGGUCUUCUGAAGAAAGGUAUAAAAGCUGCUGGUGAUGCAGGUAUAUGGAAUGAAGAACUUGACAGAGAGUCUGCUGUCGUGCAAGAGGAAGCUGAAAUGGACGAUGCUGAAAUGGAAGGAUUGCUACUCGAUGAAGGAAAUGUUAGAGUGCAAGGGCCGCGAUCGAAAAGCGCUCCUUCUCAUAUUGUCAAGGAACCUGACCAAGGUUUCCAAACCCAAAUGCUACCACGAAUGAAAAAAGGAGGAGUAUUGAAACCAUAUCUUUUUGGUAAACGGGUCCUUCCACGAAUGAAGAACGGAGGAGCAUUGAAACCAUAUCUUGGUAACCGAAACAUCUUGCCAAAAUGGAUGAAAGAGGCUCUUGAUGUUUAAAAAAAUUCUCCUGCCGCCUUGGAAGGACAAGAACUAAUGAGUAACAUUGUUUCUAUUAGUGCAUGCAUGCAUGUACGUAUAAUUAUUAUUAUGUAUUAUAUAUAGACUCUAAAAAUGUACAGUAUAUAAAAUAAAUUAUAAUUUGUUUGAUUGAUCUGAAAUUAGAUUCAUUUCAUGCAUUAAGUAUAUAACUCAGUGGAUCUA